UCGGCCGGAGUAGGUUCUGCAUGAGUUGUGGCAGGUUGGCUUGCCUUGUAGUUUUGUGUUGUUCGGGUUGCUUGGCUGCUGGUAUUUCGACUGAAAGUAUUCAACAUGAGUCGUAGAAGGCCCUAUCAGGGAGACGAUGACGAUGGCUACGACAGGUAUUGUCGGAAGAGAAGGAGGGUUUCCAAUGACCAAGGAAUGGAAGAUAGGCUGGACACACUGAUAUGUCAUCUAGGAGAAAAGAGCAAUGCUUCUCUUGAAAGCAAUUUAGAAGGUCUGGCGAGUGUCCUUGAUGCAUAUUUGAUCGAUUAUAGAUCAAAAGUUUUACGAUUGCUCACAGAAUGUGCGGUUAAAAUGCCAGAAAAAUGCACCACUUACACAACGAUCGUUGGUCUGAUGAAUGCAAAGAGUUACAAUUUUGGCGGAGAAUUUGUUGAACAAAUGGUGCGCAUGUUUAAAGAUGCUCUUAAAAAUUGCAAUUGGGAUACAGCUAGAUAUACGCUCAGGUUCUUAGCCGAUCUUGUCAAUUGUCAUGUUAUCGACGCAAAAUCUUUACUCGACCUUCUGGACAAUAUGCUGCAAGUUGCUCAAGUCGAGGGCGUUCCAGAUGUUCGUAAGUCUUGGUUUAUUUAUGCGGUGCUUUACUGCCUUCCUUGGGUCGGCAGGGAGCUGUAUGAAAAAAGGGAAAAGGAUCUUGAACUUUUAAUGACAAACAUUGACGUCCUGCUGAACAAACGCAGUAAAAAGCAUGUGCCUGCUCUGCGUGUCUGGACCAUAGAUGUGCCACACACUCAAGAAGAAUAUUUGGACUGCCUCUGGGAACAAAUCAGGAAGCUGAAACAAGACAACUGGCAAGAGAAACAUAUUCCAAAACCUUAUCUUGCUUUUGACACUGUAUUGUGUGAAGCACUUCAACACAGUCUUCCAGCGAUUGUCAUACCUCCUCAUGAUGAUAGUUAUACUUAUCCAAAACCAACAGUAGUUUUCAGAAUGUUUGAUUACACAGAUUGCCCAGAAAGAGGGCCUGUUCUUCCCGGAGCACAUUCGAUAGAAAGAUUUUUAAUUGAAGAACACCUUCAUCAAAUCAUUGAAAACUAUCACUUAGAGAAAAAAGACUGUGCUCAAGUGCUUUUGGACUUUCCAUAUCGAGCAAGCUUGCCUUUUGAAUAUUGUGUUGUCGAAGUUAUAUUUGCUGAGCUUUUUAACUUACCUCAGCCAAGAUAUUUGGAAAUAUUUUAUGGGUCACUUUUGAUUGAACUUUGCAAGUUACUUCCAACGUCAAUGCCUCAGGUUUUAGCCCAGGCUACAGAAAUAUUAUUCAUGCGAAUAGAAAACAUGAAUACUGCUUGCUUUGAUCGGUUUGUGACAUGGUUCUCGUACCACUUGAGUAAUUUCCAGUAUCGGUGGAGCUGGGAGGAUUGGGAAGAAAGUCUUAAAUUCGACCACGAACACCCGCGUCCUAAAUUUAUAAAGGAAGUCUUACUCAAGACAAUGAGACUUUCGUAUCAUCAGAGAAUAAGGGAAAUAGUCCCAAGAAGUUAUGAUUGUGUUCUGCCUUCGAGGCCAGAGCCUUAUUACAAAUACACGGCUGAAGGAAGCAGUAGCCUAGUUGGAACCCAGGUGGCCCAGCAGCUCAUGGCAGCUAUAAAGAACAGAUGUAGCCCUGAAGACCUUCUCGGCAUCCUCAGGGAACUCCCUAACCCCCUUGAAGAUGACGAAGGCCCUGAGGCAAGAUACAAUCCCUUAAAAAUUGAUGUCUUUGUCCAGACGCUUUUCUACCUCGGAUCCAAGAGUUUCUCCCAUUCUUUUGCUGCAAUCGGAAAAUUCAAUCAAGUUUUCAAGUUAUUAGCAGAUGGGGAAGAAGCUCAGUUGUGUAUUCUUAGAAGUAUUUAUGAGCUUUGGAGAAAUCAUCAGCAAAUGAUUUGUGUGCUGAUAGAUAAAAUGCUCAAAAUUCAAUUACUUGAAUGUUCGGCUGUCGCCAAUUGGAUAUUCUCCAAGGAGAUGUCUCAUGAUUUUACAAAGAUGUAUAUAUGGGAAAUUUUACAUUUGACGAUUAACAAGAUGAGCAAAUAUGUAUCGAGGCAAAGUCGCGAACUCGCUGAAGCCAGGGAGAAACUGGCCAGAUCUGGUGGUGGAGGAAGUUCUUCAGGGGAUGACAGCGAUGAUAGCAUGGGUGGUCGGGGAGAUGACAAACCGACAGAAGAGAUGGUCGAAAGGAUGGAAGAAAGGCUUGAGACAGCCCAAGGAGAUCAAAAAAAUCUUUUCCUUAUUAUAUUUCAGAGAUUCAUAAUGAUUCUGUCUGAACAUCUAGUCCGAUGUGAUACGGACAAUAAAGAAUUUGACAAUCACUGGUACAGAUGGACAAUUGGGAGAUUGCAGCAUGUCUUCUUAGCUCAUCAUGAGCAAGUACAGAAAUACAGCAGCACGUUGGAGACAUUGUUGUUCACUCAGGAUUUAGAUCCACAUAUAUUAGAUAUUUUCCAUCAGUUUGUAGCAUUAUGUUCUUAAACAAAAAAGUUAAUGUUCAUAGCUUUCUUUCAAAAUUAAGGUAUAUAAUUUAUAUAAUUUCACUAGGCUGAAUCGUUUAAUUACUCGAUUGCUAGUAAUUGACCAAGUCUACACUUGAUUUUCAUUUUAAUUAAAGUAACAUGUAUAUUAGUAAAUGUA